AUGCCGGUACGUUCGGUGGUUCUGCUGCUGUUGCUGUGGCUUCACCAGCGCUUGCUCUGGCCGUCGGCGGCCGACGAACCAACCACCAAGCGCUGCGGUGGCGGACUGUGCAUCCUGCCGGAACUGUGCCGCCCGGUCAGUGUGAACGUGUACGAUGAGGUGCAUCUGGACUUUUUCAGCGUAUCAAGUUUCGAUCGUUCCAGCUCCGACGAGUGCCGGUUGCCGCAUCUCAAGUGCUGCCCGUACGAGCGCAUCGUCCGUGCACCGGAUACGGAGGCACCGGACGAGAACGAAGUGGUGUGCGCCGCCCGGAACAACAACGGCAUCGGGCACGUGGGACAUCCGGAUAAAACGCGCGCCAAAUACGGUGAGUUCCCGUGGAUGGCGUUUGUCUACACCGCGCAGAGCGACUACGAACUGUACCUCUGCGGUGGCGUCCUGAUACACUCGAAGGUGGUCAUCACGAUCGCGCACUGCGUCGAGAACCGGACGACCAGCGAGCUGCGGGUGCGGCUGGGCGAGUGGGACCUCGAGCACAUGGUCGAGAUCUACCCACCGCAGGACCGGGCCGUGCUGGCCACCGUCACCCACCCGCAGUUCUACAGCGACCUGCUGCUGAACGACAUUGCGAUCCUCUUCCUGGACGUGCACGUCGAGUUCACCGAGGUCGUCGGGACGGCCUGCCUGCCACCGCAGAACGCCAACUUCGACUACAAACGGUGCCUCUUUUCGGGCUGGGGUGUCGACGAGCGGGGCCGCAACUCGUCGGUGCUGAAGAAGACAAAGCUGCCGAUCGUGCCGAACGGGCACUGCCAGCGGAUCCUGCGCCGCCACAUGCAGAGCCGCCAGUUCCGGCUGCACCAGGGGUUCGUCUGCGCCGGUGGCGAGCUGGGAAAGGAUUCGUGCCGCGGCGACGGUGGUUCACCGCUCGUUUGCGCCAUCCCACACUCGGACAAUCAGUACUACAUCGUGGGGCUGGUGGCGUUCGGAUACGAAUGCGGCACGCAGGGCGUCCCGGGGGUGUACGUGAAUGUUCCGCACUACCGCGACUGGAUCGAUGGGGAAGUGGAAAAGAUGUAUCAUGUUGAUAUUUUCGUUUAGUGUCGGCCGAUAGGGUAUGGUUAGCAGUUAGG